CCGGCUUAUUGGUCCUGUUGACCGAGUCUCAUAUUACACGUCACAUGUUAUGUCCGCUUAAGCACGGUUCGGAAGGUUCUUGAUCAGUGUGCGAGUUUUUACGUGGAAGACGAAGCUAUGAGAAAAGCAAAGUGUACCUCACUGAGAACGAUCUUUUUGUCCGAAAAAGACCUAAAUUUUGAUUGCGUGCCCAGAGGGAGCAGGCUGAAACAGGCGGAGCGAGAGGGGAGAGUCCAAACCUUAGACCUGGCCACCAAUCACUCCAGCGAGGAUGUCCUAAGCAUCCUAAAAUCAAAAUUUCCGACGCUACGUAAUGAACUGGAGUUGCCAAAGAGACUUCAGUUCCUUCAGCCAGGGGCACAAGGCAACAACGGCUGGAAUGUUGCCUUUUACGGGGUCCCUACUGGCCAGGAAAUUUACCAUGCGUUUAAUCGAACGAAAAGGAUGUAUUUCUGUCUAAGGACAAAAGAUUUAAGCAGCAGCACCACCCCAACACCAGCCACCAGUGAUGAAGGUGACAACAGCGAUAAAUAUAAUCAACCACUAAGCACUCAAAUAAAGAAAAAAGAGUCCUCUAAAGUCCUUAGUAUAAACCCUCCUGGAAAAGGCAAGAAACCUGACAAGCCCUCUAAAGUCCACCUCAGAGGUAGUCCAUCUUCAUCCCCUUCUAGUGGGGACGACCUUGUACCUGUUCUUGAAUACAAGGAAGUCAAAGAGAAGAGCGAGUUGAAUGCCCUUAGCAACCCUGGAAAGGGAAAAUCAACGGAUCCCUCUAAAGGAGAAUUCUUAAAGGAAAUAAAUUUGCACUCAAGUUUUGGAGUUGUUGUUGGAACAGUAAGGGAGGAUGAGUAUGAGUUUGGUUUUCUGAACCAAAGCAUCACAAAGGGCCAGAUGUGGUAUCACACACAGGCACUUGGGGACCUGUGUGUGGUACUCGAAAAUUACCAUCAGGCAUGUAUACAAGCCAAGUACUCUGGCAGAUCAUUGCUUAUCUGCUCAGGGGUUGAACCAGAUGAGCCAGCCAACUACAUGCUGGCAAGUUUCUUCAGGGAUGUCGAAGACUUGGAGGUCAAACCUCUGCUAUGUGUGUGUUUCGAAGGCACAGAUGAUGAGAGGGCAGUAUCCAGAAAUCGUGGCCAUGGGAGGGAACCAAUACUGUUGGUGUUGCGUGCUAUUGGUUCCAACCUAGGAGUUGUUGCCCGUGCAGAAGAUGUCAAUCUCAGCACUUUUGAUGGAAGGGUCAUCCUCAAAGCCCUAAGCAUAAAGGAAAAAAAGGAAAAAAAAAAAAGAGAAGGAAUAAAGACAACAAGAAAACUGUUGAUCACAAGACUGGCUAUGAUCCUGACAUGGAUUCUAAAUCAGAUACGGGCGAAGAGCAUGAGGUUCACUUCAAAAGUGAAUUGUUGCAGACUUUCAUAGGGGGCAAUGACACCACAAUAG